AUUAUGGUUUUUCACUUUGGCAACGAAGGAACGGACGAACGAACUGAAAAGGAGGUCAGAGUCUAAUCGGACUCAGAGAAGUUCUCUCUAGAUGGAAGGAGUGGUGGAUGUACUUCUGGUUAGGAUUCCGGCGAGAGAUCUGGCGCCGGCCGUUCUUGCUCUGUUUCUCACGUUGCUGGUAAUCGUGCCGGCGUCACCAACCGAAGGCUGUAUCAAUGAGAUAACGGCACUGUCCCCUUGCCUGCCUUUUAUCUCAUCGCCGCCUAACAAUAUCUCCUCCUCACCCCCUCCUACCUGCUGCGAUGUCUUUUCUUCCGCCUUUAACACGACCGGCGCCGCCGUCUGUUACUGUUACCUCCUCCGCCAACCUUCGCUCCUUGGCUUCCCUCUCAAUGCUACGAGGUUUCUAUCGCUGUCAUCUCUCUGUUCUUCGAAGAAAUCCACUAAUUCAACAGCAACCAUGGCAUCUUUGGAACAUCUCUGCGAUGUGUCUCCAAAUUUACCUCCUCUUCAGUACACAACAGGCUCAAAAAACUCUUCAGCCCCUUCUAUAAACUUGCCACCAAAAUCAGAUGCAAGUUCACCUAGGCCAUCAGCACUUGAGGCAGACUCAUCUACAAUGAUGCCAGUUAACAACAGUGGCCCUCUGCUUCAACCUGGAAUUGUGCUCUUUCUGGUUCCCAUCUUCAUCAAUAUGUGGUACUUGACUCAUCAAACUUCUUUCAUAAAAUCUGUGUUGCCAUGGACCAUGGUUGACUGCAAUUUUGUUCACUGUGGAUCAAGCUGCAGGUCAUCAGCCAUGAUAGGAUAUGGGGAGUGAAAUUUCUUCAAACUAGUCUGAUAACACCUUUAGAAACUCAUCACCAAGCCAGACUAUAUUGAAGUUGUAGCUUAGAUUGUUAAGAGUAAUCAACUAACGGCUCAAGAUUCCUCUCUCUUAACAAGUUGUAGCUCCAUUACAAGUUUUUGUACAUCCAGACAUGAUGGGAUGUGGGAGAUUGGGACUGAUAUUUCCUUGUGUUGGUCUACUAUCACCUUGAGAAACUCAUCACUGAACCACAAUGUAUUGAAGUUGUAUCUUAGAUUGUAGUAAAGAAUACAAUAGCUCAAGAUCACUCAAUAUACAAUAUGAUCAUCCUCAUUUCUCUUUUG